AUGUGCAGUAAGGGCAAACUUUGGUUAGUCUCAGACCUAACGACACACAGCAGAGGUGCGUAUGUUUACGUAAGUCUAUCCGAGUCACUAGGCACCAUACAGUCGAGCUGUUUAUCCUUCGGCAGGUGUGAUCCUGGCGAUCAUUGUCUUCGAGUGAUUGCAGACAUUCUCGAUAAUUUCAAUGUAUUUUGGUCAAAUAACCGCCCCUUCCGGUGGCCCCGCCCCAUAAAGACCCGUUCACGCAUCGGCGAUCCGGGACACUCGGGCUCCACUCGACCCUCUCCGUCAGCACUGGAAGGCAUUCCACGAAGCGUCAGGAAGGCCUCCGCUCGCCUCCAGCGCCAGAAUCGACUGACCGCCGAGGACACCAGAUGGCCAGAUCCACCUCCUACUCCUCCGACCCAGCCAGCGCCAGACCCUGAACGCCGGAAAACCACGGCCACGGAUAACCGAAAAACGUGUAUCUUCCCACGAGGCCCCCCUCUUCUUAACUCGCCUGGGGUUAGUGGUCCGGAGUUACGUUUCUCAUUCCAUAACUAG